UAGUCUAGUGUCCGUCCGUGUUCGCAGGCUGACUCAUCGCGCGCACCGUCUCCUCGAUUGUAGUGUCAGUACAAAAGUGUUAUUCAAUACCCUUUGAGUUUCUACCGUAAACGGUGUUGUCUUCAAUUCCACGCUCGUUUACAUUGUUUGAAAACAUCCUUAGGCUCGAUUCCAACAAAAGCAGCUCCAGGAGAAGGAGCAGAAACUUUUGGCUUUAUACGAGGAGCAAGCACGCCAAGGAUAUCAGAGGAUUGGUCCUGGAGGUGGGAAGGUUCGGCAGCUGUUCCAGGAGAGACGAGGGGGUUGGGACCGCAGUCAUCCAUUAGAGCCCAUCCCAGACAAUCGCAGAGAAAGAGGGACUAGCCUUGACCGAGGUCUCAACACUGUCUGGAAGCAGCCUCUGAGACGUGCCAGAAGUCAGGCUCGCAAGGAACUUUACGAUGACCUCCAGUCUUCCAGAAAUGACACUGCACCCCUGGAUCAACUAGUGUUUAAGUACAACACUCCCUCUUUUGGGGACGAGAACGACUACCUGUCCAGAGUAAAUGACCUGGAAUCCUCCAGGAUAUUCCGGAAGCUGCCAAACAUAGGAGGUGCUACCCUCUCGGACUCCACGGAUCGUUUUAAAACGUAUAUCGCCACCAAGCAGCCCCCUGUCACCAUGGCGCCCGCCAAGGAGCAAAAGGUUCAAAGCAGGAUACCAGAAGUCAGUUCCAUAACAAAGGCCAUGUCCAGAAUGUCUCCCCCUUCAAAGAAACCUGAGGUGAGGCCUGUGGUAGCGACACCGAACACAAAGUUGAGGAGUAGUAUUACUCCACCAACCACAACAGUAAAACAGCGCAACUCCACUAUACCCACACCCACACCAACCGCAGGCGUACGAGCACCUCCUAAAUCAACAGAGUCAAACACUUCUGAACUCAAGAUGAACAGGGGUGCAGUGCCUAAGCCAGGGCCUCGGGCACCCAGCGCAGGUGUCAGGUCUGGGGCAGCAUCAGGUGGGGUGAGAUCAGGCGUCAGAGAGCCUCCGGCCGGAGCCCGGUCAGACCUCGUGGCUUGCAAAACCUGUGACCGUAGUUUUGCACCCGACCGCAUCCAAGCGCACACCGAAAUCUGCGCCAAGACCAGCCGCAAGAAAAGGAAACCUUUUGAUCCGUCCAAACAAAGAAUUAAAGGAACAGAGCUGGAGCAAUAUUCAGUUCGAAAACGGCCAUCCCAGCCACCCCCGAGUCUGGCGAAGUCCAACUGGCGCAAAAAACACGAGGAGUUCAUCUCGAACAUCCGGGCCGCCAAGCAGGCACAAGCACACGUCGCCAAGGGGGGGAAACUUUCCGACCUCCCCCCUCCACCCCCCAUGGACACUUCGGACCUCAUUCCUUGCCCACAUUGCAAACGCAAGUUCAAUGAGGCGGCUGCAGAACGGCACAUACCCAAGUGUGCCAACAUGCUUCACAACAAACCCAAACCUGGGCCUCCUGCCAAAGGCAGGGUCUCGAGAAAAUAGAGGCUCUGACAACUGCGUAGUUGCGUACUGUGAUUAUCCAAUACACUAAUUUCUGUUAGAUUAAAGUGGAUUACGUACUUCGUUCUGUUCUUGAAUACAUAGUUUUGUAACUAUUACAUGUAUGUUGUCUAUUUAGGACAAUAUUUUUGUAUCAGUUAUGUAAAAAUCCAGGUUAGGUCACUUAUUGUAUGAACAAUACUUAUAAAAGUAACAUUUAAUGAUUCUGGGAAUGAAUUGUGGCAUUAAUGGAAAGAAUUAUAGAAAUGUACGUUAAAUGGCAUUAGGCAGAAUCAGAAUAAGUCUUUAUUGUUACAUAAAAGUUUAUACAUAGUAUUGCUAUAGAAACCGGUAACAUUGUCAGAAUUUAAUGUAAUAAUAUACAAAAAAAGGGUUAUAACAAACUUGAUUUAAUAUAAUAUAUUACAUAUUAUAAUAAAUAUAAAUAAAUAAUAUAAUAUAGCAUAUUAUGCUAAAAUACAAUUUUAAAAUUCAGGAUCCAUCAAAUAUUCAUUAAUACUAUAAUCGUAUUUUCCAUCAAAAAUAUUGUUUAGAUUACUUUUAAAUGUUUUUAAAUUAAUUAAAAAUGUUUAUAUUUUAAAGGCUUCAAGGAUCUCAAGCAAAUAUCAACAAAAGAACAGAAGGGAUAGUUAAAUUUGAUCUAUUAUAAAAAGUUAUUUUUGAAAUCCUUUCAUGAAAGAUUAGUUCAAAAGUUUAAACCCCAUUAUUAAUAUUAGUAGUUAUUUUAGAAUUUUUUAAAUUAUUUUAAGAUUGAAUAAUAAAAUAAUAUUUUUUGUUCUAAAUAUUGAUUUAGUUGACUUCUUAUACAGCUUUGCAUUUAAUUUAUAAAACAAAGUGACCAUGGAAUCAACUUUAUUACCACAAUUACUAAGCAACAUUUUACAACUAAAAGUUUAAUGUCCUCCGAUUUAAUCAUUUUAUGUUACAUCAAAUUUUUACAAAGCAAGUGCCAAUUAAAGUUUAGUACUGAAAUCUAUUUUGAAUGACUUCGUAUUUCUACUUAGUUUACAAGAAAUAACUAGUAAUUGUAUGACCUUUUUUAUCUAACUGGUGAAAAAAAUGGAAUUGUUUAUAAUCAAUAUGUAAACACCUUAUUGUUUGCCCAGCAUCGUUCUCUAUGUGAUAAUGAUUUAUGCUUUAAUAUAUUUAAUCACCCAAAUGCAAAUAACUUGGUCAAUUUAUGUAGCUUUAGGUAUAUUAAAUACUUUUAUAAGUUAUAGACUGUAUUGUGUAGCUAUUGUUAGUAGUAGGUCAAUAAUUAAUUAUUAAAAAUAAAUUGUCCUUAUUGUGCUUACAUUACAUUGUUCCCUAUUUUACUUACUGUUAUUUAUUGUAGAAAAAUUAAAUUUUUCAAAUAGUGAGUUAAUAUAAGUAAUUUUUAAGUUUAAAAAACAUUUAAAUGGUUGGAAACUAAUAAUAAAUUGAUAUUUAUGCUUAGCUAAGUAAAAAACCAAUUGUGAAUAUUAAUUUGUCUAAGAAUAAUAUUGCUUGUUUGUGCGUAAAAAUUGUAUAUACAAUUGUAAAAAGGCUAUGCAGUAUUUUGACUAUUGAAGAUUUAACCCCAGUUGAAUUAUAUUAUUAAUGAAAACA